UACGACUCCAAUGGCUGAUCUAUACCCGUCGCUGGCCCAGUGCGCCAUUGUCGCCACUGCGUUUAAGGUCCUGCUCUUUCCUGCAUACAAAUCGACCGAUUUCGAAGUCCAUCGCAAUUGGCUCGCCAUUACCCAUUCGUUACCUGUGCAGGAGUGGUACUACGAGAAAACCUCGGAAUGGACGCUCGACUACCCCCCGUUCUUCGCCGCGUUCGAGUGGCUGCUGUCGCGGAUAGCACAAUACGUGGAUCCGGCCAUGUUGGUUGUGCAGAAUCUGGGGUAUGAUUCGUGGCAAACGGUUUACUUCCAGAGGGCGACUGUUAUUGUGUCGGAGUUUGUGCUGCUCUUUGCCCUCACCCGGUUCGUCAAGUCGGUCUCGCAGGACAAUAAACACCUCGCCCACAUUGCAAGUCUCUCGGUCUUUCUGUCGCCCGGUCUCUUGAUCAUCGACCAUAUUCACUUCCAGUACAACGGGUUCAUGUACGGGGUCCUGAUCCUAUCGAUGGUUCUGGCGCGCAAACAAUCCACGCUCUUAUACAGCGGUAUCACGUUCGCCGUGUUGCUGUGCAUGAAACACAUCUAUCUAUACUUGUCGCUGGCCUGGUUUGUGUACUUGCUCCGGGCCUACUGCCUUGACCCACGGUCGAUGUUGCGCCCUCGGUUUGGCAACAUCUUCAAGCUCGGAGUCUGCGUCCUCGGCGUGUUUGGUGCUGCGUUUGGGCCAUUCGCCCACUGGGGCCAAUUGCUCCAGCUGAAGGAUCGGCUUUUUCCGUUCUCCCGGGGCUUGUGCCAUGCUUACUGGGCGCCCAACAUCUGGGCCAUGUACUCGUUCACGGACCGUGUUCUAAUUCCUCUUGCUCCGCGGUUGGGUCUGCCAGUCAAGGAAGACGCCUUGUCGAGCGUGACUCGUGGUCUGGUCGGAGACACGUCUUUUGCCAUUCUGCCCGAAGUGACCAAGGAACACACCUUCAUCCUGACCUUGAUCUUCCAACUCCUUCCGCUGGUCAAGCUCUGGUUCCGUCCCGACUGGGAGACCUUCGUCGGCGCCGUCACUCUCUGCGGCUACGCCGCUUUCCUCUUCGGCUGGCACGUACACGAAAAGGCCAUUCUCCUAAUCAUCAUCCCGUUCAGUUUGAUCGCGCUCAAAGACCGCCGAUACUACAGCGCCUUCAAGCCCCUCGCAGUCGCCGGACACGUAUCGCUCUUCCCGCUCCUCUUCACCGCCGCCGAGUUCCCUCUCAAAACAGUAUACACCAUCUUCUGGCUGGUGCUGUUCCUCUACGUGUUUGAUCACGUGGCACCGGUCCCGGAACGGCCGCGGAUCUUCCUCGCCGACCGAUUCUCCCUCCUGUACUUGACGGUGGCCAUCCCGCUGGUCGUGUACUGCUCGCUGCUGCACCAGGUGUUCUUCGGACUGAACCGGUACGAGUUCCUGCCGCUGAUGUUCACGAGCAGUUAUUCUGCGCUGGGGGUGGUGGGGAGCUGGGUGGGGUUUAUGGUCGUGUAUUUUACGGCGUAG